AUGUCACAUCGUUCUCGCAAUGAGGAGGCGGCCGACAAGGUGGUUUUAGCGAGCCGGGAAUCCUCAGCCUGCGUGAGGAAACGCGGCUUGGAAGAAGCCAUCGCCCGAGUCGAUGAGGACAAUAUUCGAUUGCGAAAAAAACUCGAUCUCGUCAAGUACGAGAGUGAUAAGCAACAGGACAGACUCACGAAACUACUUGGGGAGUAUGAGCAGUAUGUUAAUGGAAAGGUGCAAAAAUUCGUCGAGAGGAAAUUGGACAAUCCGUUGAAAAAGAAAGUGAUAAGUCUGGAGAAUCAUUUGCAUAGGAUAAGUGUAAUGCAAAUGGAAGCUGACACUGUGCGAAAAAAAUAUAGAUCAGUGCGAGCGAGUUUAAAGUCGGAUGCAGCUUUCUAUGUGUCUCAAUUGGGAAGCCUGGAGCAGAGUAUAAAGGACCAGGAUGCUGAGAUUAAACAGCUCCAGGAGGUGAAGACUGAGGCUGUGGACUUGAGGGACAUCACAAAGGAGACGCUGACGAAGCAGGAGAUUGAGGCAAUGCAUACGAGCAAGGAGCGAGAAAAUGUAAUCCUGGAUUAUAGACAGAGGGUGGAGGACCGCAGGUUGGAACUGGAGAGGCUCGAGAGGAUGAUCUUUCCUGCAGUGCGACUGCCACCGAGAGAGGAUGAUUUCGAGGGUGGGGAGAAGCCUGAUAGCAAGAGGACUGAGGAUGAUGACCCGCCCAAGGAUGAAAUCACCUAUCUGGAGGAGGCUUUUGCCAAAUUGAGGAACGCAACUGGAGUCACCAGGAAUGAUGAGGUACUUGAUCGAUUUCUGGCACAACGCGCUACCAAGGAAAACCUCCAGAGGAUGAGAACAGUCACGGAGGAUGAGAAGAUGAUCCUCGAAAAGCAGCGGCAGAAGUUCACCGCGGAAAUUGAGAUGCAGAAAUUUUCGGAGACGAAAGAUGCUGAUCAAAACGCCGAAGAGCUCGUCAAACUAAAUGAGAGAAUCGAGGAAGAGGUAAAGCGUCAGAAUGUUGCUGAGGUGAGGACGAAACGAGUCCAGGGGACCCUCGGCGAGGUUGCGAAAAUACUCUGGAAAUUUUGUGACAGACUCAGGGAUGUGAAUGAGACAUUCGUCUCGGUGACUCCGGAAAACCUGGAGGAUCCGUAUUGUUACUUGAAGCUCUUGGAGGAGAAGAUGGAGUGCCUCGUCGAUAUGAUGGGCGGCCACGACCAGUACGACCAGUGGAUUCAAGAGGCUUUUGUUGAUAAAUUCGAAACUCUAUCGACUGGAUCUGCAUCGGAGGCUGUUAAGGCUGUUGAAGCCGAGGCCCGACCACUUUUUCCACGAUUCCCCGGCGCACCGACCCCAGCUGCCCAGGCUAUUCCAUCCGAGGACGAGGAGGAAGUGCCCACUCGAAGUGUUCUCAAGAGACAGGCACAAUUGCUCGUUGAUACUAAAAGCAGGAGGAAGGGAUUUAAUUUCAGGAGAUAA